GAAGCUUUUGGGGUGAUAGAAAUGUUCCUAAUUUUGAUUACGGUGAUAGUUUAAUGUGUAUACCUGUGUCAGAACUGAUCAAAUUGUACCCUUUAUGGGCAGUUUAUUGGGUGUCCCAUACAAACAUUGGUACAAAGAGCUUGAGAACUUGCAUGACUUUUCAGUAGACAUGUCCCUUAGGGAGCUGGUAAUGCAUAUUUGUAUUUAGGAGUCAUUUUUAUAAGAUCUAAUCCUAUUACUCUUCCAUUUAAAAACUUUCAAAGGAUCUCUACUGCUGUAAUGGAGAGGAGGUUGCAUAUCCCCCUAUAAAAGCCCUACUGCCUGUAUUUUAAUUCCUUUCCUAGAAGGCAUCCCACUCCCGUGGCACUCAGUUACUGCUGGCAGUGAUACUCAGAGCUAAUGGAAGGGUCGGGGAUAUGCUAGGGAUACAGGCUCCCGGCUGUCCAAGGUCCUCUAGGACCUGCUUAGAGUACCCCUCCCAAGGCAAAACCCAGUUCGAGCCUUUUCUUUACCAGGCUUUCCCUGGCCCUCAUCUCCUAGGAAACUGAUCCUCUUUGGAGAGUGUGCCAGAGAGUACUUUUGGGGACUUAUGGUCUGGUGGUGCGGAGUUAAGCACUCAAGGUAACUGCUACAAAAGAGGCACAAAUGAAGUGGAAAAUUUGACUAAACUGUGAGACUGACACUUCAUUUGCAUAUGGCCCUACUGGAGGCUCCAGGAAGAUAGGGAAAAGGGCCAGUGAGCUGGGCAUGAGUAAUAAUUUUGCUUAUCUAGGGUAGAUAGUCCCAGCUAGGGACCAGAUUGUUUACUCUAAUUUACAAAAUAGUAAAGUUGUGGUUGGUCCAAUGGUAGUGCAUUAACAGAACUUAUUAGACUAGGACUUAGAAGACUGCCAUCCUGGCAGCAGUGCAAGACUGGGCUGAAAGAUGAUAAAAUUGGGCAGAGAUGAAUAUCUCUUAUCCCCUGCCCUGAGGCCCCUGGAGGUCUGUUAACACAAGGAUGGCUGUUCCAGUUUCUGAAGUUUAGCAUUUAAUCCUUGGAGAACACUGGUAGCUCACCACCACUUGAGGCUUCAUUCAUCAUCUCUCUGUAUGCAUCUCUAUCUAGAAUAAAUUGCAAGAACAUCACCCAGUCCCUGCCUUCCAGCAAUGUGAAGGACAGUACUGACAGACUAGGUAAGAUAUCCAGAGAGUACUAGGAACAGCGCACAUCCAGGAUAUAUGGGACACUCCAAAGAGCAGAGUACAUGCUGCUUACAGCAUUGCUUAUUUGCUAAGUUGGGUGCUGAGCAUGUACAUAUUGGAUCCUGUUUUUCUGCAUGUUUACACUUUCAAAAUCAAUAGCAUGUGCCUACAGGGUUAAAAUCAUGUACUAGCAAAACUUUUAAGGUUAUAUUUUAAACAAAAAAGAUGCUUGUGAGAGACUAUUAGCCAUCAAAUUAAAUUGUAAAAGUAACACAGCAAAUCAGUAUUCAGUUGGGCUGGAUGGCCUAUGAGAGUCUGGUUCUUAACAAUCUUCAGACAUAAAGGAAUAUGCCACGCGGGAGACUGACCCAGAUAACAAGAAAAAUCUCAACUUUUCUUGGAAUUCAUGGUAAUAAAUGCAAGCAGUUGUCCACCUUUGCAACUUAACCGUUAGGAUUUGAAUUCCCUUUUCUCUUGGGUAUUCUUUUAUCUGAGGACUGGCCAGCCUUACCUUUUUAUUAACUUACAUCCACCUUGCCUACGUGUAACUUUCUUUGCCUUUCUUGGUUGGAUUGGUAGUUUUCCCACACGUGGGCUUUCUUCUUCCUCACUGAUAACUGCUAUGCCUUUAAAAAUAUAUUCAAGUAAAUGAAUUUAGUCAAUUUACUGUUUUUUCUCUGUUUUUAUUUUUUUUCCAACCACAUAACAUCUUUAGGAAUGAAAGCAACUGUGCUUUCUUUCUUUUCUUUCUUUCCUUCCUUCCUUCCUCCCUCCCUCCCUCCCUUCUUUUCUAUCUUUCUUUCUUUGCUUUUUUUCUCACCCUGUGCCCCCAUUCUCUGAGACUAUUUCAGUCUUUGUCUCCCAAAUGAACAUGCACAAUUCCUGUCUCUAUCGAUCUAUAUAAAUAUUGAUUCCCAAACCUAGAGACUGCCUCCCAGGAAUAAAAAGCAGGGAAGUCUGUAUCACUGGGAGGGAAGACAGAAUAACCACAAGAGUUCUAACCCUAAACAGGAAGCCAAGAUAACAUUUACUGAGCACUUACUGUGUGCCAGGUAAGCUUCUAAUGCUUUAAAUGUAUCAAUAUUAACUCAUUCCAUCCCCACAGUAGAUACUGCCCCAGAUAAAUGAAACAAAACUGUCUAAGAUCACACAGCAGAGCAGAUUCCAGAGCCUGUGUUUAUACUUUACAUCCUUACUCAUUGAGUUCCUCAUUAAUUUGGGAACAUUUCCUGCCAGAAAGAAGCGAGUCAGGAGGUGACUAAAGUAUGGCAUUAAUUAGUAGUUAAAUUGAUGUGCUUCCCAGGUGCUAGAACCACGCUAUGAAAUGGCAUGAUUUUUCAGUCCCCCUUUUCAGGGAUGAGGGAACAGCUUUUAGAGAUGUUAAGUAAUUUGCCCAAAGUCACACAGCUAAGAAGCGGCGGGGCUGGGACUGUUUGAGUCCAAAAUCCACAACGCACUUAACCUCUACACUACACUGCCUCAGAUGAAUUCGGGCAAGGAAGAUCCGAAUGGGGCAACGUUCCUCUCCCCACCUCACGCCCCGCUCCCUGGCCCGGGGUGUGCCCACUAAGUUAGCUUAUGUUCCAAGCUUCUGGAUACAGACCUAUUUACGUCUGGGUCCCCGGCAGGUCCCCGCGGUGUCUGCGGUUCCCGCCCCCGUCGAGUUGAGCCGGACGCGCAGCGCCUGCCCUUCCCCUGAAGCCCGUCCGACUGGUAAGAUCUGCACCUCCCUGCAGGUGCCCGUCCACCUGCCGAGAUGACUAGCCUCCCAACCACGCCUUCUCCAGGAGAAGAACUGAUGGCCACCCCAAUCCUACAGGCCACUGAGGCCCUGUCCCCAGAAGCUGAAGCCAGCACAGCACUCAUUGCAGUUGUUAUCACAGUGGUCUUCCUCACCCUGCUCUCAGUCGUGAUCUUGAUCUUCUUUUACCUGUACAAGAACAAAGGCAGCUACGUCACCUACGAACCUGCAGAAGGCGAGCCCGGCGCCGGCCUCCAGAUGGAGAGCAACUCAGCCAAGGGCAGGGAGAAGGAGGAAUAUUUCAUCUAAUGGUUCCCAGACCCCAAGGAGCUUAUCCAGGCUUCAGUGCUAACAUACAAUUUAUUACGUGGAAAUUUUAUCUGAAACCGGUGAGAAGCAUCGAUUGAUACAGGCAGAACUGAGCUCCUUCUGGGACACAGGCACAAGUGCUAACAUCACCGACGCCAGGGACCAGGGACACGAAGAAAGCUGCUCGUGACGUCUCUAGCCAGGCCUUUGUCAUACAGCCGGUGCUUCUGGCUGACCACUGAGGUUGAGCUGUACCAGGCAACACUGGAGUAUGUGCCCAGCCAUCUUCACUUUUUUCACAGGUCGAAGGGAAGGAGGAGAGUUGGGGGUCACUGGAUGCUCCUCUGUCCCAUACCUGGUCACCUAGUGACAGCCCAAGUGGAAAUAGUGUCCCAUAGAAGUUCUUCCCAGAGGCCGGACACCACAGUGAAAGGCCAGGCCAGGAGGGCAGGAGACUGUGGAGACCUCUCUCCUGAUGAACGUGCCACAUCCCUUAAUCUGAGCCCUUCCUUUCCAUAUUCCCAGCAAGCCAGACUUAUGCUAUUUUUCUCGGAAUUAAAAUCUUUCAUUGAUACAGAAAUCAGAUUCUCAUGUGCAAGAAAUAACUACCUUUACUUUACAC